AUGGAGAGCAAUAAGGAUGAAGCCCUCAAGUGCCUCGCCAUCGCCCAGCGGCGGCGCGACUCCGGCGACCUCCCCUCCGCCCGCCGCUUCUGCCAGAAGUCUCUCAGCCUCUUCUCCACCGCGGAGGCGCGAAAGCUACUUGAGGUUAUCGAUGCCGAAUCCGCGUCCGGGUCGGCGCAGUCGGAAGCUGCAUCCUCAGAGGAGUCUUCAAACGCGGGCUCGAGCACUUUCACUUCGGCUACUGAGGCGCACCCGUCUGCGUCAGGCACAAGACAGAGACAUACAGCGGCGGCUUCUGAACCGAAUGGGAAGGCGAAUGGGAGUGCCUCGGAGUCGAGUACGUCGCAGAAGAAGCGGGAUUAUACACCGGAGCAGGCGGUAGUGGUCAAGCGUGUGCGCGCGUGCAAGAUCACAGAGUAUUACGAGAUUUUGUCGGUCAAGAAGGACUGUGAGGAGUCGGAGAUCAAGAAGGCAUAUCGGAAGCUCGCAUUAUCCUUGCAUCCCGACAAGAACGGCGCACCAGGCGCCGAUGAGGCAUUCAAGAUGGUGUCCAAAGCUUUCCAAGUCCUCUCAGAUCCACAAAAAAGAGCUGCAUUCGAUCAGCAUGGCUCUGACCCAGAGUCCCGUUUCAGCGGCAUGUCGUCGGCAGCACGUGGACCACCAGGAUUCUCUGGAGCAUCCUUUGGGGGCGGCGGAUUCGAAGGCGAAAUGAGUCCGGAGGAUCUGUUCAAUAUGUUCUUUGGAAGAGGUAUGGGUGGGACUUCGUUUGGCGGGUCUCCGUUUGGUGGUGCUCCCGUAUUCACUGCGACAUUUGGCCCUGGCGGCUUCCGCACAACACGCAUGCGAACAAAUGUACCGCAAGAGCGACAGGAGACUGGACCAAAAUCUGUCCUUAUGCAGAUUCUUCCCCUCAUCCUUCUGUUUGCUUUCGCGUUCCUCAAUGUCUUGCCAAAUCUAUUGGGAUCGUCACCAACACCCGAUCCGCGAUUUUCAUUUUCCCCGUCCAUGCGUUUCAAUGUCGAACGACAGACAGGAGGACUCGGCGUCAAGUACCAUGUCAAUGCAGCAGAAUUCUCUGGUCACUCAAUCGCAGCUGAGCUCGCGCGGAACGAGAACAAGCCCGGACCCGAGCUACGGCGGUUCGAGAAGAACGUGGAGCAGGUGUAUACACAGGAUCUGUAUGCACAAUGCCAACGAGGUCUGGAUCGCAAGCAGAGCAGAAAAGACGCAGAGAUUGGGGUGUUUGGCAUUGGGACUGACUGGGAGAAGGUCAAGCGGAUACAGGAGGAGCCUGUCGAGAGUUGUGACAAGCUCCGUCGGAUGGGUUUGUUGAAUUAG